AUUGAAAUCGAAAGCGAGGCUCCGGUGGGAAGAAACCCGGAAGUAUUGCCUUGAAUCACAGGAGUAGCGAUGUCGUAUUGCUGUGUACCAGGCUGUACAUCCUAUCAACGGAAAGAGUGCGAUAAAGAGUUGUCAUUUCAUCGCUUUCCGAGUGACCCAAAAGUCUGCUGUGAAUGGAUUGUGAAAAUAAGAAGAGAUGUUGGACCUUAUUUUCAGGUUACAGACAACACUAGAGUAUGCUCCAAACAUUUUACCCCGGACUGCAUUGUACGAUCGCUCACUGGUUUACAUAGACUGAAACAUGGAAGCGUACAAGCUUUGUUUACGUGGAGCUGUGAACUGAAGCCCAGGAGGACACUUGAGCGACAUCAGCGUGUUAAUGAUAUUGAAACAUUUGAGGAGGAUGAAGAGGAGGACCAUUCAUUUUCUGAUCAGAACACAGGAGAACAAUCUAACAUUUGUUUUGUGACACUGCAAGACCAUGAUUACCUGGAAACAUCUCCUUCCACUGAAGAGCAGCUGAAUGCAGCACAAAAGGAGAUUGCUCGUCUGACAAAAGAAAAUGAAAAUUUAAGAAGUCAGCAGUUUUGUCUACAAAGAUUCCAAUGUGAGCCCAAGCUGAUCAUGUUUUACACCAGAUGUAAAGAUUAUGAAACCCUCAAAGCACUCUACCAGUCUCUUCAACCUACAGCACAGUCUCUGGUGAGAUGGACUCAAAUGCAAAGACUUAAUAAAACAGAACAGACUGUAACUGCUGGCUUUCAGGCUCAAGACGUUGGCCUCUUUGACCAGUUUUUCUUGUUUCUCUGCCGUAUGAGGCAGGGGCUUCUUUCCGCAGAUUUAGCAGUAAGGUUUAAUAUCUCAAAGGCCACAGUCAGCAGGAUAUGUAUAACUUGGGCUAACUACCUGUAUUUCAUGCUUGGUACACUACCAGUAUGGCCAAGUAGAGAGGCUGUAGAUGAGCUAAUGCCACCCUGCUUCAAGAAGACCUUUCCAAAAACACGUGUUGUGCUAGAUUGUACUGAGAUCCAUAUUCAAGCAGCAAGUUCGAAAGUUCUGAACACCAUGACAUACUCUCAUUACAAGGGAACCACAACUUUGAAAUCCCUGAUUGGCAUCACACCCUUUGGGACAGUUAGCUUUGUAAGCAACCUAUACACAGGCUCCAUCUCUGACAAGGAAAUCACCAAAGAGUCAGGCAUUCUGAAACUGCUUGAGCCAGGUGAUGAAGUAAUGGCUGAUAAGGGCUUUCUUAUCAAAGACCUCCUUGCUGACAUCAAUGUCAGUCUUGUAACCCCAGCUUUUACAGGGCCAAGCAGACAAUUCAGUAAAUAUGAAAUUACACAUACCCAAGAGAUUGCCCGCUUGAGGAUACAUGUGGAGAGGGCCAUCAGACACAUCAAGGAAUAUCACAUUUUUGAUGGUGUCAUACCCCUUUCACUCUGUGGUUCAGUCAACCAGAUGUGGACUGUUUGUGCUCUAUUGACAAAUUUCCAAGGACCUCUAUUUUAAAUAAAUAGUUCACUCAAAAAUGAAAAUCUGCUGAAAAUGUACUCCCCCUCAGGCC